UGGUCUUUGUCUAAAGCAAGGAAGACAGCGUCUUUUUCACUGCAUUUUACUGGAGAGAAAGGCACAAGAAAGAGAACUCCCAAAGCAACAUCCGGAACAGGAUGGGAUGGUCAGAACAGCCACUUCUGAAUGAGUGAUAUCAACCAAACUCACCAUAACUCCAUGGCAGGAAUGCAAUAAGCCACAAAAUGUCCAAAGAAACUGCAUUCCGAUACCCACUCCACGCAUAGUCCAUAUUGCGUAAAAAGGUCUGGAACAGCAACUUCCAAGUGAGGAAGAUGCAGCUCCAAUUACUCCUCCUCAUCUGUUUGUGGUCUGCUGUAGCUCCACAGCACCGCUUAGUAAAAGAUGUAUGCACUGCCAAGCCAAAGGAUAUCCCUGUAAAUCCAAUGUGCAUUUACCGCAGCCCGGAGGGUGCCAGCUCUGUGCCUCAGAAUGCCCCUCCCUAUAUAAACCCCCGUGUCUGGGAGUUGUCCAAGGCCAAUUCCCGCUUUGCUACUGCCUUCUACAAGGACCUGGCCAGCUCCAAGAAUGCCAAUGAGAACAUCUUCAUGUCACCACUCAGCAUCUCCACAGCCUUUGCCAUGGCCAAGCUGGGGGCCUGCGGCAACACCCUCGAGCAGCUAAUGGCGGUUUUUCAGUUUGAUACCAUUUCUACAAAGACGUCGGAUCAAAUCCAUUUCUUCUUUGCUAAACUGAACUGCCGACUUUACAAGAAACUCAACAAAUCCUCAGAGCUGGUGUCAGCCAACCGCCUCUUUGGCGAGAAGUCCCUAAUCUUCAAUGAAACCUACCAGAAUAUUAGUGAGGUGGUUUAUGGAGCUAAACUCUUGCCUUUGAACUUCAAAGAGAAGCCAGAAUUAUCAAGGGCAGCCAUUAAUGAUUGGGUGGCAAAUAAAACAGAGAAGCGCAUCACGAAUGUGAUCCCAGAAGGCGGCAUUGAUGACAGCACUGUUUUGGUUCUGGUCAACACCAUUUUCUUCAAGGGCCACUGGAAAUCAAAGUUCCGUGUUGAAAACACAAAGAUGGAGCUGUUUUACCGAGCCAUAUCUGAGCCCUGCUCGGUGGCUACAAUGUACCAGGAAGCCAUGUUCCGUUACGCCUCCAUCUCAAGUUCCAAAGUGCAGGUGCUGGAGCUGCCCUACAAAGGGGACGACAUUACUAUGGUGCUCAUCCUGCCCUUUGCGGACACAAGCCUGGCGCAAGUGGAACAGCAGCUGACCUCAGAGAAGUUGGAAAGCUGGCUGAACUCCCUGGAAGAGGUCUCCCUCACGGUACAUCUGCCCCGUUUCCAGAUGGAGGACAGCUUCAGCCUGAAGGAGAAGCUGCAACGAAUGGGGCUGACGGAUCUCUUCCAUCCUGAACAUUCCAGUCUGCCAGGUAUAAUUGCAGGUGGCAGACCGGAACUUUACGUGUCUGAAGCUUUCCACAAAGCCUCCCUAGAGGUGAAUGAAGAAGGCAGCGAGGCAGCAGCUGCCACGACAGUCAUCAUGAUGGGACGCUCAUUCCAGUUCAACAAACUAGUCUUCAAUGCCAACAGACCUUUCCUGGUGCUCAUACGGGAAGUGGGCAUCAACUCUAUCCUCUUCAUGGGCAAAGUAGCUGAUCCUUGCUCUUAACGCUGUGGUUGUUUUGUGAUGGCCAUUUGUAAAUCCAUUCUGGACAACAGUGCGUCUCGCGAAUAAAAAGGUACUUCCCCCACCUCGCGCGCAUAUUGUGACAUGCUCAGUAAAUGCAGCCGCAUAUGUAACCUC